AUGGCAGACGACAUGAUGGACAUUGACAGCCCAAAUCUUGUUGCCGAAGCUCUCGAAGACCUCCCUCUCGGAACUCAAGCUACAGUCAAAGCAGCUCCAUUUCCAAAAGCUGUGCUCGAAAAGCUAAUAUACUCUCUCGAGGAAGGAAUGGACUCCAAAGCCCUCGACUUCCUCGCCCACGUCUCCUACACCGGCAUAUCAACCCCUUUAAAACCCUACGAAGACAAAAAGGAAAUCCUAAUCCCUCCUGCGGACGUCUUCUCCGUAAUCACAAAUAUAUCCCUUCACCCGAAAUAUACCACCCGCCAAAUCGGAAACCUCGAAACAGACGUUGCUAUAAAAGCUUCAAAAUAUCUAAGAACCUUAACCCGUAUCGCAGGGGCCACAAACUGCGACCUUCAAACCGCUUGGCAAUUCAAACGUUCAAAGACCACUUCCUCAGGAAGACUAGAAGACCCAACCACCCGUCGAACCAGGAACCGUAACGUCGUCAAAACCGGCGCAGUAGGUCGAAAGGGUCGUCAAAAGGUCGGUCAACAAGACAUUGAUGUAACACCGUUCGCAAACCUCGAUAUAGCGAAUGAAGAAAGCGUAUUCAAAAGAUGUGACGAUAUCUGGUCUGUUGUAGGAUGGGCACUCGUUUGUUCAUGCGUAUAUAAGAAAAGAUGGGACGUCUGGAGAGACUUUUUAGAAUUGCUGAUUGAGCUUUUAACAAAUGACUUUCAAGAAAGGAUUGAUGCAGCCGAGGAAGAUCCACGAGCUGUGGAUUUACAAGGAAGCUUGAUCACAGCUGUUGGAUUUCUACCGGACCUAGGAGGAGGAGCAGGAUACAAACGUAUUGCUCGAGCUAUAUUUGCAAAUGGAUCCGAAAAAUCACGAAACGAAUGGGUACCAGUAUUUCCCAAGGAAACCAAGAAGCCACCAAAAAAGGAGGAAAGCAAAUGGGCAUCAAAAUCAAUUCUCGACUCUUCAAAACCAAGAGUAGACAGCAACGAAAACAUCUUAUCGAAUUUAGGGGCCAAUAUGGUCGACGAAUACCAUAAAUUCCGAAAUAAUGUUAACGACAAUUCGGAAGCUUAUAAGCAAUUUCGAGACAAACUGGCUACAAACGACCUUCUAGGCGGCGAGGACUCAGAAGAAGAAGAACCUGGGACUGGACCGGCGAAGAAAGAUGAUAAAUCAAAACUGGAGACACAAGAAGAAGCACUAGCAACAUGGGGCGGUGUGGAGGCAAUUAUCAUUCGGCUGAAGUUCAUGUCACUGGUAAGUGAAAUAGGUGCGACUUACGAGCGAGCCUUAUUUUACCAAAAUGAAAAGGAGAUGGAGGUCCUUGCCGAACAAAAGAAGCAGAAACAAAAGAACAAAAAGCCUACAGCAAAAGGAAAAAAUGGGAAGAACUUACCAGAGGCAGCGGUCCCCUCCAAAAAAGAAGACCGUGAAGUCUCCGAACAACCAGAGAAUAUAAUCAUCACCACUACCCCAACAAAACGGGGGCUCGUCAAGCUACGAACCCCACAGAAUUUCAAACAGCGGGUUGGAGGAGAAGAAGGGGAGCUUACCGGCGAGACCACUACACCAACAAAGCAGUCUACGCCUCUCCUUCUUUCCCUCCCUCCCACCAAAAAUGUGUUACCAUCACCAUCGUUGUCACCACAUUCCGACGAACAAAAUCAUUUAUCAUUAUUCAAAUCGUCACCAGUGUCAGAAGGUUACUACGAAACGGCUCCAACAAGCCUAUGCGAAACUACCUUCUUCUCAACAGUUGACAAAUUAUCUUCCCCAUUCCCUUCCUUACGUAUCCUUCCAGAGUCAUCAUCUCCUACCUCCUCCCCUUCUCCACAACCCCUCCAAAACUUCCCAUUUACCUUCUCCUUCCCCCAGCUCCAAACCCCUUUACCACCAAUCCCACCCCCUCCGCAAUCCCUUCAAGACUUCCAAGUUACCUCCUCCUCCUCUCCCCUCUCCUCCCUCCCCUCCGAAACCCCCACUCCACCACCCUUCCUCUCCCUCCUCCAAACCCCAUCACAAAACCAACAACCUCAAAAACAACCAUCUAACCCCCCACUCCAGCUAACCUACACCUUCGCCCACGACAUCCCCACCCUCUCCUGUUUCUACACCGAAUUCACCGACACCCUCCGCCUCCUCCCAAUCCCCCAACUCCUCCCAUUCAUCUCAACCUCCUACUACCCUUGUCGCACAAACCCUUCAUUCCGAGGAACCCUCCUCACCACCAUCCUCCAAAAUAGUAUGAUAUUCCAACCUCGAGGCGGAUGGUCCGAAAACACAGAUUCCAUAUCCGAUGAUAUAUUAUUACGCCAUUAUUUCCCACACGCCGCUAGGGGGAAUGAUAUAGAAUCUCAAGUUAGGAUGGGGAAUGUACUCGAAGCACUUACUAGACUUUUCCACGUUACUUGUAAGUCUAGUGGAGGGUGUGGAUUGAUGUGGAGUGUUGAGAUGGAAGAGGCGGUUGAAGAAGGGAUUAGAGCUAGGAGGGAGAAAGCUACUACGGCGUUUAGGAAGAAGAAGAAACCGACGGAGGCGGAUAAAGAGUUGAUGAAGAUGUUGGGGAUGGCGGAAGGGAGGAUGAGGAUGUUGGUUAGGAUUGCGAAGAUGAUGACUUCGGAGGGGUGGUGA